AUGCUGUACAGCUUCUUGGAUGCUUUCUCGGGUUAUCACCAAAUUCUCAUGGUAGAGGAAGAUCAAGAGAAGACCUCGUUCAUGGCAGAUUCAGCCAUCUACUGCUACAGGGUCAUGCCUUUUGGUCUGAAGAAUGCUGGAGUAACAUAUCAAAGGUUAGUGAACAAGAUCUUCACCAAGCUAAUUGGGAAAACAGUCGAAAUGUAUGUGGAUGAUAUGGUGGUCAAGAGCAAACAGUUGAAUAGCCAUGUUUCUGAUCCAGAGGAAGUGUUUGCUACGUUACGGAGAUACAACAUGAAGCUCAACUCGACAAAAUGUGCAUUUGGGGUGGCAUCUGGAAAAUUCUUGGGUUUUAUGAUCACGCAUAGAGGAAUAGAGAACGCAGUAAGCGGUGUCUUGGUAAAGGAAAAGGGAAGAGUUCAGCAACCUAUCUACUAUGUAAGUAAAGUGCUCCUCGAUGCAGAAACACGAUACACACUUGCGGAACAGCUCGCCCUUACUUUAGUAAUGGCUGUCAGAAAAUUACGGCCAUACUUCCAGUUACAUCCAAUUGUUGUGCUCACCAACCAACUUCUCAGACAUAUACUUCAGAAGCCGGAUGUCUCAGGAAGACUGCUGAAAUGGGCAAUUGAACUCGGCGAAUUUGACAUAGAAUUCAAGCCACGACCUGCAAUCAAGGCCCAAGCUUUAGCCGACUUCAUAGCAGAGCUUACUCUGAGAUCCUCAGAAACACCAGUCGGGAACCCGAACUCGACCUCAGGAAUAUGGGAAAUUUUUGUUGACAGAGCAUCCAAUAGCUCGGGCUCAGGGGCCGGCGCUAUUAUCACAAGUCCGAACAAGAUUACGGAGAUACAAUGUGCUCUCAGAUUUGAAUUUCAGGCUACCAAUAACGAAGCAGAGUAUGAAGCCGUUAUUAUAGCUCUAGAACUCGCGAAAAAUCUUGAGUGCGAGCACGUCAAAGUUUUUAGUGACUCACAGCUAGUGGUAGCUAUAGCCCAAAAUGCCAAAGCUGAUGCAUUAUCCAAACUCGUCUUCAUGGGUGUUGACGGGCUAGAUAGAACCAUGCACAUCAAGAUGGUUGCAGAAUCAAGUAUAGCCCAGAAGCCAAGUAUCAUGGACAUUGACCAUGAGCCCUCCUGGAUGGAUCCAAUAGUUGAUUACAUAAGUAAUGGCAACAUUCCUACAGACCCUCGGCUCGCCCGAAGCAUUCGACCCUCCGAGUCCCUUCAAGCAAUGACUGAAAUUCACGAAGGCAUUUGUGGAAAUCACCAAGGAUCCCGAGCUCUUGCACAUAAGUUGAUAAGAUUACGUCCGGAAGUGCGACAAGUGCCAAAGUUUGGCAACAUCAUACAUACUCCUAUUGAGGAACUAACAUCUAUUCACUACUCAGCUCCCUUCGAGCAAUGGGGAGUUGAUAUUCUUGGGCCUUUUCCCUUGGCCCGAGGACAAUUAAAAUUUGUAGCUGUGGCAGUGGAGUAUUUUACAAAGUGGGUAGAAGCCAAACCUCUAGCAACAGUUUCAGAGCCAAAGCUCAGAUCAUUUAUAUGGAAGUCCAUCAUAUGCAGAUUUGGGAUACCAAAAGUCCUCAUCACAGAUAAUGGAAGGCAAUUCGACAAUCCCCAGUUCAAGAACUUCUACGCUAGCAAUGGGAUUGAUCAUCGCGUGACCUCGGUCUCACACCUACAAAAUAAUGGGUUAGCCGAAGUAACUAACCGAAUCAUAUUGCAGGACCUCCGAACAAGGAUAGGGGACACCAAAGGUGACUGGCCUGACAUGCUGCCUUCGAUACUAUGGGCAUAUAGGACUUCACACAAGACAGCAACUGGUGAAACGCCAUUCAUGCUUGCUUUUGGACUUGAGGCUAUCAUUCCAAUCGAGGUUAACCUCCCCACACUAAGAAAGCUCGAGACAAAUAAGGAGAUGCAAACUACCUAG